AUGCGAUUUUCGCGCAUUUUAAGGCAAAAUGUGGCGAAAUCAAUAAUAAUCGACCGGACCGGGCUGAAAAAGGUGGGCCGAAACGAUAUUAUUUACGUUGCCAUGUCGUCCGGGGUUGACUCGUCGACGGUGGCUAAUAUUCUGGGCCAAAGGUUCGGCAAAAGCAGAGUGCGGGGUGUUUUCAUGAACAAUUGGAGCGAAGAUUCUCGGUGCAUGGAGAGCGAAUGGCGAGAGGCUCAGGCGGCAGCAGAUCACGCGGGAAUUGAAUGCCACAGAGUGGAUCUGGAAAGAGACUACUGGGCCGAGGUGUUCGAGCCGAUGCUUGAAAGCUACCGGAAAGGUGCAACACCGAAUCCAGACGUCAGUUGUAACAAACAUGUCAAGUUCGGCGCCCUGAUCGACCACCUGCGGGCCCGCGACCCCAACUUCAAGUGGAUCGCUACGGGCCACUAUGCUGGGGUUGAUCGCGGUUUGAUCUGCCGACCUCUGGACUUGAAAAAAGACCAAAGCUACUACUUAUCUACAGUUCCACCCUCUGUUGUAAACCAUGCACUCUUCCCGCUAGCUGAGCUGCGGAAACCUGAGGUGCGGCAGAUAGCCGCCGAUCUCGGGGUGCCGACUGCACAGAAGCCCGACUCUCAAGGCCUGUGCUUUGUAGAACAGAACGCCAAGAGCUUUGAUGCGUUCCUCGCAGAGUACCUGGUGCCAACCAAGGGCUUGAUUAAGACAGUGGAUGGGUUGGUGGUGGGAACCCAUAACGGCCUGUGGACUGCGACAAUUGGCCAACGUGUCGGGCUUCCUAUGCCACAAAGCCUACCUGAGACUCGCGGUAAGUGGUUUGUUUGUGCCAAAAACAUCGAGGAAAACACGCUUAUUAUCUGCCCGGGCCGCGAUAACCCGCUGCUCUACCAUGACACCAUUCAGACCAAAAACUUUGAAUGGCAUGUCCCUGCUUGGGACAGUCCUAAUUUAUUUGCUCAAUAUCGCUCACUCAUGAUUCCAGUUGCCUGCACUGCAACGAGUUCUGGCAGAGUUAUCUUCAGGGAACCAAGGCGGGCAGUUGCUCCCGGUCAGUUCCUGGUAAUUUACGAAAACGAUCGCAUUGUGGGCUCUGGAGAGAUAACCCACGCAACAAAAUCACCAUAG